AUGACUGAAUUUGAACUCCAGGUGGUGCAUAAAAAUGCUAAGAAUCAUGAGCUUGAAACUAGUUCUGAGAAGUCAAGGAUUAUUGAUGCCACAGUGUUGUCACUUGCUCUGAGCUCAUGUGUGUCCCGACGUAAUCUCCAUGCCGGUGUUCAGCACCAUUGUGCCACUAUAAGACAUGGGUUUGUUGCAAAUGUUUAUGUUGGAAGUUCUUUGGUUAGUUUGUACUGCAUAUGCAAUGAGUUGGACAAGGCUUACCAAAUGUUUGAAGAAAUGCCUGUGAGAAAUGUAGUGUUGUGGACUGUGAUUAUCGCAGGCUUUGCGCAAGAAUGGCGGGUUGAUGUUUACUUGGAGCUUUUCCAAAGGAUGGGCAAUUUGGCUUUGAGGCCUGACCAUUUCACUUUUGUUAGCCUUUUGAGUGCUUACUUGGGUAGCAGAGCACUCGGGCAAGGGAGAACUGUUCAUUCUCAAGCCAUACAAAUGGGCUUCCAUGCCUACAUUCACAUCUCCAACGCUCUCAUCUCAAUGUAUUGCAAAUGUGGGGCCUGA